AUGACCACCUUCAUCCCCUCCAUCACGAUUCCUGCGGCGAUCUUCGCCAAUCCAGCAACCUCUGUGUUGUUGCCAAUUGCACUGGGCACUGCAGUCGGAUACUCUUGCAGACCCAAAGAAACCCAAAAAACCUACCUCGCACUCAAACAACCUCCCUUCCGCCCACCCCCAGAGGUCUUCGGUCCAGCAUGGACCCUCCUCUACGGCCUAAUGGGCUACUCCGCCUAUCGCGCCUACACCGUAGGAAUGAACCCAUUCUCCUCCGCCGAAAAGCACGUCCUGACCAAACACGGAGCGACUCUCUACUCCAUCCAACUCGGUCUCAACCUUAUCUGGAUGCCACUUUUCUUUGUCGCCAAACGCCCGAUUGAAGCCACCGUCGACAUCAUCGCGCUCACCGGUGUCACUGGAUACUUGACUUAUCUCUGGGGCCAGGUUGAUACUGUGGCUGGGCUGGCACUUGCGCCGUAUUUGGGAUGGUUGGGCUUUGCUACUUAUCUUACUGUUGGUGUGGGAUAUUUGAAUAAUUGGGAUUUGAAGGAUAAGGAGGUUCCGAAAGCUCCUGCGGCGGAUACUAAGUAUGUCAAUGAAAAGAAGUAA